AUGUCAAUCCUCAGAAAUGCUCUACAGUCUCUUUCUCGCUGGUUGGCACGAAAGGGUCCGAGAGAACAAGCAUCAUCAUCAGGUGCUGGUGGCUUUGCAGCUGAACCUGAACACAGUGGAGAGGAAGACCUUAGGAAGAUCCUUAUCAUAUAUGCAGUUCUGAGUGUCUAUGGCCCAAAUGGGAUCCUUAUUCGUUUGGUUGACAAGAGAGACAAAGAGGCCAAAGAGGCAAAAGAAGCUCAAAACUUGCCGAAAUAA